AUGGCGAGUAAUACAAGGAGUCUCAGAGAACAAGAAGAGCUAGAUGAUCCAAACAUUCAACGUGCCAUUACAGAGUCUAUGCGCUCCACUUUGCCAGCUCAAGAGAACGGAGUCACAGGUACAGGAACGCAUUUUGGGCGUGCGAACCGCGAAUACUAUGAGCCUUCCAGCUGGGCCAUGACCACUUUUUCCUCCUCCCGCGAAAUCAUCGACCACCCCCCACCGACGAAGCGACGCCGUCUAGACGACGAGCCUGCCUUCCUUCGAGGGUCCAAGGAGACGGACUACUUGGCCCCACUACUCACUAUCUAUCAUUCCAUCCCUCUUGCCCGGGAGGCCCUCAUGCUGCGAAACUUCAAGGUUCACACUUACGGACAUGAUGUGAGCUGGUGGUCGGGAACGACGGACGAGAAUACAAAAGCACUUUCGGCAAGCAACGAUCUACAGAUUGACCGUGACGAGUGCAAUCUCUUGGCAGAAGUGCAGUGCCUGAUGGCUUUCCUUGACAGCACCAAUCGUGCAUAUGGCAGUGUAGACGCGUUGGCUGAUCUUCAGGCUGUAAGGGGCUCUCGUGGCAGUGCCAACUUUGUUCGAUUCCUCUCUGCGUGGGAAUCUGCUGCACUUCGACAAGCUCCCAAUGGCCAGCUCGCACAGGUCUUUGGCUCUAUAGCGACCAAGGAAAUUGGCCCAAAUGUGGGCGACACCGAGGCGAAACCUCUGUUAUGUGUUGAAGCCCCCAUCAACCGAGUGCCUGGCGAAACCUUGGUCGAUUUGCUCGACCGUACGGUCUGGGACGAUGACACGGUGAACAUCGACGAUGUGUGGAUUGAUCAAGUUGCAGAGGUUUUUACAAUUCGUGUGUACGAUCCGAACGACGGCAAAAAUGGGGGUCUUGAAUUGACCCUAGAUCCCAUCUGGUACCCCGACAGAUAUCUCCUUGAGUGCAAGGACACGACCCAAGAAAUGCGCAAGCAGAUGCAACUUCUUCUUAGAGAGAUUGCACAUUGUACCAAUAUCCAGCGUCGAUGUGAGAUCCUCAAGCUGCCUGAUAACAGAAUCCUUAUGAUACGCGAGGUUCUUGAUGCAGCUGCCAAGGCAUCGGUGGAAGCCGUUGGAAAGAAGUCACCACCUAACCGCCUCAUCGACGGUCAACAUUCUCAUUCUCAUGAUGCUUUGGACCAGGUCAAUGCCGAUGGAGUGGGGUUGGAGUUGCAUCGGCUCCUUGGUCGCAUUGAUCAGAAACGGCAAUUGCUUGAGGAGAGGAAGAGUGAGCUUCGCGCGAGGAUGAGAGAAAUAGCACUGCAGCUCACUAAGCCCACGGCAGAUAGUCCAGAUGUCCCGCAGCACAAGUACACACUUCAAGGACUUUCAACGAAGCCCAACAUCACUUACCUUCGCCGCCUCAAUACAGAUCUGCUCCUCGAUGAGGAUGACAACAGCUCCGAUGGACCUGAGUGGCAAUGGUGGAGGUUGGCUUGGAUCCAGGACGAGAUCCAGAGUCAACGGAAUCAGCAGUCUGCUGCUCCCGUCAUGGGCCCGAUCACCCAAGCGCAAGCUGAAGCAUCUAAAAAGAACCUUGGCUUCACCGCCGGCUUGAGCUUUGAUCACCUUCUGAGAUCAAAUGAGCCGGAGCUGGAUGUGCCCAAACCUUAUGUAGUCCAGAAAGUCACGGAGGAGGAAGUUCUGCAUGCUGUCAAAAAGGAACAUAGCUCGGUUGUCUUGGUCUAUGCGAGUGAGGAUGCUGUUUCAUUUGAGGGCAGCGAGUUGACCAUUGCCCUGAGGCAUUUCGUGGAUCGCGACAAUCGGACAUUUGCAGAGGAAUUACAAUUUGAGGAAGGGCCGGUUCAAGGUAUGUCGGUUGACCGAGACAAUGAGGUGGAAUUUGAAGAUGUGCCAUUGAUCGAUCCCAAUGGCUCCAGUAGCUCCACUCGAGGAUUGACACCCAUGUCGACAUCAAGCCCUGGGCGAGAUGAGGACGGGCAGGCGUCACCGAAACGACUGAGAGGAGAGAACUUGGUGACCCUUUCUGAGCCACUACCAUCAUACGAAGAGAGCACCGGCAAGCUGGAAAUGCAAGAGAAGAAAGGGAACAAGAUUGGUUUCCAUGCCGAACAGAUGCUCCAGAAGUACGCAGAAGAUGUCGAACAAGAUGAUGACAAGGAAAAAGACGAGAAAUCCAGCUUCAUGCAUGUCGAAAACGGUCCAACGAACUAG